AUGGCGCGGCAGAGGUGCCCAGCAAAAUGGCUUCACCUGUCGAGCAUCCGCGGGAUUCAGGCGUGUUUGAAGAAGACAGACAAGCAAGAAACCGAAACGGAUGCAGAAAAUACGAACGAGAAGAACUCGUACAAUAAUAUCAGGAACGAAAUGGUCCUAUCGUUCAUUUGUUUUAAUAACACAGAGUACAUGCACGAGUAUUUAACUGUGGAAAAGGUGCAGAAGUUAAAAUGGGAAAGGCUGGAGUCAGCAUCAGUGUCAGUGUCAGAGGCAGCAUCGGUGACAGAGGCAGCAUCGGUGACAGAGGCAGCAUCAGUGACAGAGCCAAAAGAAAGUCACCCAGGGGGGGGAGAAACAGGCAAGUGUAGCAGCACUGCACAUAGCGAAUGCAAAAAUGGAAAAAUGGAAAAUUUUCGUAGCAAUAAGGAUGAACUCCUCCCACUGGAAAAUUAUUUUACAAAUAUUCUGACAAUCGAAAGUGGACAGGUUGGUUUAUUUUGCAUUGACUCCAUAAAGCACAGCGCUGACCUGCUGUUUCAAAAACACGGAAUGAAUGACAUGAGCAGUAGGGAACAGCUGAAUAAUUUAUUCAACCAAAACAUGAACGAUCUUUAUCCUUGGUUCGAUAAAAUUUGCAAUUUAACCAUGUCUUCCUCAGUCGCUGUGAUUGAUUUUAUUGAUAUGCCCAUUGGCUGUGUUUGCCUGUCCAGUUCAGACUGUGUUGUUAACUAUUUAUGCGAAGUGGUACGCGAUGAAGUGACUGACGAGGUGUGGGCCAUUCGAGUUAACUUCCUGUCGCCCUUGAAAUGA